GGAAGGAUGGUCGAGGGGCGGGGUUGCUGCAUGACUUGAAAAUGCUGCAGCAUCCGGCCGUCUCUCCUCCUCCUCCUCCUCUUCGUCUCCCCAUCUCGUGCACACCGGCUGUUUCCUCCCCCCUCUCUCCUCUCCUCUUCCUCUCUCUCUCUCUCUCAGUCUGUGUGCUGUAGCCCUGCUGUGCGAUCCUCUCAGCCCUCUGUUGUAGCACCAAAGGGAGGACACACACUCUCACGCACAGACACACACACACACACACACACACUCUGACAUCUCGCAUAGUCUCUUCUGCACACUCACCGUAAAGCACCAACCAGCCAGCCAGCCAGCCAGCCAGCCAGGCCCGAUCGGAGACAGGGGAGCCCAGCCGUCUCGUCGCCCAAGAUGGAUGUACUGAUGAAGGGGUUCUCCAUGGCCAAGGAGGGGGUAGUGGCCGCCGCAGAGAAGACCAAAGCAGGCAUGGAGGAGGCGGCAGCCAAGACCAAGGAAGGGGUGAUGUAUGUAGGCAAUAAGACGAAGGAGGGAGUUGUGUCAUCAGUAAACACAGUGGCCAACAGAACCGUGGAUCAGGCCAACAUCGUUGGAGACGCCACGGUUGCCGGAGCCAACGAGGUGUCACAGGGGACCGUGGAGGGAGUCGAGAACGUUGCUGCGUCGACCGGACUGAUGAACCAGGAGGAGCCUGUAUACGAGGGAGAGUACGGAGGAAUGGAGCAGGGCGGCGAAGGAGGAGAGGGGUAUUAGACGUCUUCCGGCCCCCCCACCCCCCCGUCCUCCCCGGCAGCCCCUCUCUCCCCCCUCCUCCGCCUUGCUGUACCAGAAUCCAGAUGUUCAACAUAUUUUUUUGUGACUUUAUGGAACCAAAAUCAACUAAAAACAGACUCUUCCGGAUGCUGCACCUCCUCAGCCCUUGUCUCUUUCUCUCUCUCUCUAUCUCCCCCCUCACCCCCUACUCCCUCUCUCUCUCUCUCUCCUCACCCCUUUCUGCCUCGUCACUCCCCCUCGAUGCCACUUUGCCCUCACCCUUGAAUUUCCUGCAGCCUGUAGCUUUUUUCUUCCACUGCCUCCCCCUUCCUCCCCCACACCUCCUCAGCCUCACCCGUGUGUUAGUGUCGUCCUGAUAUGAGCCCUCUCGUUGUUGCCACCCCCGCUCACCUGACCGACCGAUAGGGAAAACACACAAACACACACACACACACACGCCAACGUAAAAAGAGACACACCUUCAUCAGGCACAUCAGUGGAAACACUCACAUACAGUAAAACACACACACACACACACACACACACACACACACACACACACACGUGGGCAAAUGAGUGGCACAAAUAGGUGUGUGCGUACAGUAAAGUGGGGUGUGUGUGACUGAGGCAGGGCAUGAGAGGGUGUGUGAGCUGCAGUCGAUGUGUGUGUCCGUGUUCCAAGCUUGUGUGUGCAUGUGUAGCUGCUGGCGCAUUAGAUAAACCUCCAGAGGCCUGCGCAGGGAAAACUUUGUGCAUCGAAGAGGGUUACCGCUCUGUUUCCUGCGUGUUAGUAGUUAGUUCCAGUAGACUGCAUGAACAGAUGUGUAGGACGAGUCGUCACGUGUUCCACUAGAGAGUAGCAGCUGUACCGUCGUGGCUUUGUAUGGCUUUUAGCGUGUCGUUUCGUCUCAGCGUUUUAGGGUUGAAGUAAAACACUCGUGUGCUCAUACGGCAGGCUGUUUGGACAUCUGCGAGUGUCGUGUGGUUUUUUUUUUAGACGUCUCAAAUUCAAAUUUAUCACAUGAUUGCAACAAAUGAGGCUGUUGAAAUGUGUAAAUGUUGAUUCCGGAUAAUAAUAGGUGUUUAAAAACGGCUUGUCAUAUGCCAUAUGCUCAUUAAUCUCGGCUGUUAGAGCGGCAGUGUGAUGUGAUGCAUGAGGGAGCGAGAGAAGUUUCUAAUCUUUCUCUGUGAUAUGAAAUAGAAGGAAAAAAAAGCAGAAUUAAACCGGGUGAUAUCAUCUUUAAAUUAACAGAUUAAUUUACUGAAUUAAUUGGAUUUGACUGGCAGACAUGCAGAUUCUGAUCAUUGAAUAUAAUUAUUGGUUAAAUGUCUUUAAAGUUACAUCAAGAGCAAAGACAAAUAAAUGAAUUUCUUAUGUUAGGAAAAGCAGGGCUGCCAAUAAUGUGGACAAUUUUAAGAAUUUUAAGAUGACACACGAGUUAGUAUUUCAAUUUUAACAGACAACCCAAAGUUUCCAGGAGGAGAUUUGUGCAAAAUUCUAAAUAGUUUCAAAUUGUUUUAACCAUUUAAUAGUCAUAAAAGGGAAAUUGAAAUUAAAAACUCGACUUUAUUUGUGUAAAAUUAUGGAAAACAAAUCCUCAAAUGAUGGAAUUGGUUUGAGUUUUUAACAAUUUGAAGCCACAUAAAAAGUAAUUAAAAUGAAAAACCGGGCUUUUAAGGUUAAAAAUGUUCAAAAAUGCUCAUUCCAGAAGGAAAUAGGAUCACUUCUUGUUCUUUAGUAGUUGCUUUUGUUGUCUCUUGUGAAACUGGUUUGCAUGCCGUGGAGAGAAACAAGCAUUCGGGACGUUAGAGUCAGUGAAAUUCUGUGAUUUAUGCGGCUGAUGGAAAAAGAGCAGAAUGAAGUUUUUCUCAUAGAUCAGCUUUGUGUGUAGUUCAGUGUGUAGCUUGAAUUCUGGGAUGUGUAGUUGUUUUCUAGUCAACUUUUUACUUCACACUAACUAGUCUGGCUGUUGUGAAGCUCCCGCCCAUCGACUGUCUCAGCCAAUCAGACGACUCCUUUCUUCCAGUCCACGCCUGCCCAGCAUAAGUGUGUGUGUGUGUGUGUGUGUGUGUGUGUGUGCAUCGUAUGUGUGUGCGUACAUAUGUGUGUUGACACAGAACAGGUUCAGCCAGCAAAGUGUGUGUGUGUGUAUGUGUGUGCGGUUGUGUGUGUGUUUGUGUCUAGAGCAGGUUUGUGUGUUUUUACUUUGAAGCCAAUGGAAACUGAUGACUGCAUGUUGCCUUAUCAAGCAAUCUCACAUUCACACACACGCACACACACACACACAUACACACAUGCACAACACACCACACAACACACAGCACACUCUGGACAACACACAACCACGAAUCCCACCACGAAUACACACAGACACGAAUCACACACCAUGUUUAAGUUGGCAUCAAAGCAGACUCGCUGAUUUUAUAAACAGUACCAGUGAAAUUAAAGAGGUUUUGUUGAAAUCCA